UUUACCGGAGCAGAAAAUGGACGCGUCCUGCUAGCUCACUGUUGUCUACUGGCUUCUGUGCAGCGCUUUGGUCUCCUCUCCUCAACAAGCCUCCGUACAGAAGACGGUCUCGGGUGUUGGAUUCCUCUCACAUUCGUCCGGAGCGGUUAUAUCUGUGUAAACUCUGCGGAGCUGCGUUAGCUGCGGCUGCAGGUGCAGCUAGCGGCGGCGCCACAACAACAGCCAAUAACACAAUAACAGUAAAGAUCCUGCCCCAGCUCUGCCCGGUUGAAUGACGGAGACACCAGUGGGACCAGAGGCUACACCUCGAGGUAUGGCCUGGAUGUGACUGGCCCGGCGCUGGGGAUGGCAGAAGGGACCUACACUGGCGAAAUGCCCUCCUUUGACUGGUGUCCCAGUUCUGAAGCAAAAAAGAGACCUUUUUCUUCUGAUGGCAGAGACGAGCCCAUGACGAAAAUGCCAGUGACAAAGUUUGGUACCAGACCUCGUUUUGAGCCUGUUCAGUUUAUCAGCGGUGGAAGCGGUGCGGGAGCUGGCACUGAUGAGAAGGAGAAUGAUAAAGAGCGAAGGAGGAAUGAGUCGUACGGUGCGAGUCAAUGGGACUCUCAAUACUCUUCAUGUGGCAGCACCAGCAGAAUGCAGGGCUUUUCCUCCCUGAGGCCCGCCUUUGACCGAGUGCCAUCGCACGUAUCCGACUCUUGGGUUUGUCACAGAGAGAGAGCGAUUCCCUCAGGUAGCUCUAGCGAGUUAGGUUAUGGAGGCCAUGAGCCAUCUUCACACUUCAUGGCAAAGUUGCAGCAGGACUAUGGAGCCAAGUAUGAAUCCCACACUUCCUCAGGUAGUUUAGACUCUUAUUCUCAGCCCCAGAGAUACAAUGGCUAUGGAGGAGGAAGCAGAUUAGGAGGCUGGGAUUCAGGACGUCAGGGUUUUGGGUACAGUCAUCAAGACAGGGCAUCAUCAAGCAGGCCGUUCAGCAGAGUCUACAACAGCCCAUCCAGGAGCAUUCCCAGUGUGUCCCAAUCAGGAUCUUUUCAGCCCGUUCCAAUCUCUCAGUCAGCGUUAGAUGAAAAGCAAAGGUUAAUUUACAGUGUUUCUAAUGCUUUGAGUUUUGCCUUUAAGGACCCUGUGUUAAUGACUGGAAGUGACAUGCCAAACUAUAAUUUUAUAUUGAGCCGCAGCAUCCAAGCCUGCAAAACCAACCCUGAGUACAUCUAUGUCAACCUGAAAGAUAUUCCUCAGGCUGACCUACCAAAGAACAGGAAAGUACCAGCAGAUGGAUACGCCUGUGAACUGAGAUGUCAGGGUGUGUAUCUCGCUACUGGAUACUCUGGCAGUAAAAAUGGAGCAAGGGACCGGGCUUCAGAACAGGCUGUGAAACUUUUCAUGAAAACAGUCGAGAUCCGCGUCGUGCAGCGCAAAUACAGACACUCAGUCGUCAAUGACAUGGUUGUGUGCCAGAUGCACAGCCCGACGCCAGCAUUUCUACCUGCACUCCGCAACCCAGAAGAUAAACCGGCACCUAGCUCCAAGGGCCAGUAUGAGACUGACAAACAAAAACACUGGACAGAGUUUGUGGUUAUGGACAAUGCUCACGAUGCCAUCUGCAUCCUGAACAAUUCUGCAGCCUUCAAUCGCAUGAGGAUAGAAUAUAAAUUUGACUUGCUACCCAACAACAAUGCAUGGUUGUGCAGUGUUUUCGUGCAGAAUGAACUGAUAGCACAAUCGAUGGGGAGUAAAAAGAGCGCAAAGCAUGCAGCAGCAGAAAGGGCGGUGACAAAACUUCGCAUGAACCAAGCACAAAGGGAGCAGGAGCAGCAGCAACAUCAACGUCAGCAUCAACAGUACUUCAGAGGAAAUCACCUAUCAGAUUCUGGUAGAAAUGUUGGGCAGCCAGGUAGCAAAAGGAAGCUGUUAACUGAGCUGGUAAUCUUAGAGAACUCUGACAAUGCAAUCUGUAUCAUUAAUGAUACAGCUCAGUUCAAUAAAGUGACUGCCGAUUACAAGUACUCAGUUCUUCCUGAUCAUCGUUGGAGGUGUGAAGUUUACUUGGAAGGACAGUUUGUUGCAGCAGGACUCGGGCCGAAGAAAACAGUUAAGCACAUUGCGGCAAAGGAGGCUUUAGCUACCCUGAAACAAACGCAGGCAGUGGUCAAAUCUAACCUGAGGAAGGAGGGAAACAGCGAUGCUAUAUCCCGCUCUCAGAUCCUGGCUCGCUCAAAUGAGGAAGCCACAAGGCAGGAGAUUAAGGAGGACAACAUUGGAAAUCAGCUGCUCCGGAAGAUGGGCUGGAAAGGAGGUGGACUUGGAAGAGAUGGAGACGGCAUCGCAGAACCAAUCAAAGUGAAGGAGCAGUUCUCCAGAGAGGGCUUUGGCAUGGCCACGGAAAGGAGCGGGAAUCAACUUGGCAAGCGCGACAUUGAAGAGAUCAUUCGAAACUAUGCCGGUUCAGACCGCCAGGAUGACCUGCGGUUCUCCACCGAGCUCACCAAUGACGAACGCAAGCAGAUCCACCAGAUAUCUCAGAAGUACGGCCUACGAAGCAAGUCAUAUGGACAGGGGUGGCAACGGUUCCUUGUUGUAAGUCGGAAAGUACACAAAGACCAGCUCAUUGGUCAGCUUUUACAGGAAGGACAGGUGGGACGAUAUGAGCUUGUCAAACCUCAGGCCUCUCACUAAACUGCAUGGAAAAAAAAGAAAAUUAUAAACUUUCCUGAACAUGGAUUUCAAAAUGGUCUCACUAUUGUACCUGCUGGUUAUAUUUGUGUGUAGCAAUGUGACAACACACGAACAUGAGGUUAUCAGGUAUAAUUGUUUUUGUUUUUUUUCUUUUUUGCAUUCCUUCACCAUGAGUACUUCAGUUUUAGCCUUUCUCAAUUAGGUGAUUCUUUAGAAUCAUUUCCUAAUUACGCUUCAGUUACUUUUCCAUAAAAAUAAAAAAAAUGUUUUCAUACAACUUGUCAUCUUGUUUAAAUAUUGAAUGAACUCGGCAGAAAAUGCAGCCUCUAUUUGAUUUACGAUGAGUGUAAAGUGGCAUUAACAUCUAACUGUAGCUUGCAGUUCACAUCAGUCUCACUGUUGCAAUGACCUUAUAUCCAACAAUACUUGCAGUGUUAUUUUUCCAUUUCCAACAUUUGGAGAUUCUGUAAGGUGCUUCACUGAUCAAAAUCUAUAAUCGUAAACCUUUGUCAAAUGUGGGAUGUGUUUGUCAUUACAGUCAACCUGUCUGCUUGUUUUCACAGCUGUAAUAAAUAAAACUAACAAGCUGAACUUAAUUCAGAUAUUUUUGUCUUACAAAUUAAAGAAGCAACAGAAGAGUGACGUAUAUUUUUUUUU